AUGAAGCUCUCAUCAUUCCAAUUAACACUCUCAGUACUCCUUGCAUCCGCAGUCGUGACCGCCAAGGUCCAAGACGACGAAGCUUCCCGCCCAGCUGCUGCUUUUGAUUUGCAACAAGACCGCGAGUUGCAAGUUUCCGUUGACGAUCCCAACGAUUAUUUCAAUUUCUACAGCGACGCUGAUGAUUGGGCCCGAUGCAACAUUGCCAACGUGAGCGAUGGUUGUCUUCCCACCGUCAGCAUCGAAGAAGCUGCCUGCCGUGCCGAACUCAUUGUCUGGGGCCGCAUCAUUGAUGAAAACAGCAAUGGAGAUCGCAAGAUUGGUGUCAAUUGGCGAUCUUAUAUCUUUGACGAACCCAAAUUGACAGUGGCCAAGUGGGGUGCUGGAUUGGACAAUUCGCGCGAGGCGAAUACCACCUUUUCUCAAGACAGUGGUCAAUUCCAUACCUGGGUGAGCGGAUUCAGCACGGAUGGAUGUGGCACUCGGCCACCCUUGGAUGGAGAUUCGGCCUACUUCUUUUUGGAAGGUCUUCCGGAAAAUGAAGGCGUGGAAAUCACCUUUGACAGUUUGAGAGAUUUGAAUGUGAACUUUCGAUUGGUGACCACUGCCUUUGGAUCUGGAAUUGCGUAUGGAGAAGAUUGGAAGUACAUUCAAAAGUACCGAUUUGGAACUCAAGGUUGCGACAGGGUUGCCUGUUGCUACAAACCAGAUUGUGCUUCCUGUUCCGAGUUUGAUGUAAGCGAUUGUGAACACACUACGUAUGUCGAACCCAGUGGUACGGCAAGCAUUGGAUUCUCCUCUUCGGUAGUACUCCUUGCCCUUGGUGUGAUGUUCUGGUCCUUGAUCAUCGUUUAG